GCCAUGGGCGCGCGCCGGGACUUGCUGUGGAAGUACUGCUGGGGCGUGCUGAUGGUUUUGUGCAGAACUGCGAUCUCCAGAUCCAUAGUUUUAGAGCCUAUCUAUUGGAAUUCCUCGAACUCCAAAUUUCUACCUGGACAAGGACUGGUACUAUACCCACAGAUAGGAGACAAAUUGGAUAUUAUUUGCCCCAAAGUGGACUCUAAAACUGUUGGCCAAUAUGAAUAUUAUAAAGUUUAUAUGGUUGAUAAAGACCAAGCAGACAGAUGCACUAUUAAGAAGGAAAAUACCCCACUACUCAACUGUGCCCGGCCGGACCAAGACGUGAAAUUUACUAUCAAGUUUCAAGAGUUCAGCCCUAACCUCUGGGGUCUAGAAUUUCAGAAGAACAAAGAUUACUACAUUAUAUCUACAUCAAAUGGGUCUUUGGAGGGCCUGGAUAACCAGGAGGGAGGGGUGUGCCAGACAAGAGCCAUGAAGAUCCUCAUGAAAGUUGGACAAGAUGCCAGUUCUGCCGGGUCAACCAGGAACAGCGGUCCAACGAGACGUCCAGAACUAGAAGCUGGUACAAAUGGAAGGAGUUCAACAACUAGUCCCUUCGUAAAACCAAAUUCAGGUUCCAGCACCGACGGCAGCAGUGCCGGACAUUCGGGGAACAACCUCCUCGGUUCCGAAGUGGCCUUAUUCGCGGGGAUCGCAUCCGGAUGCAUCAUUUUCAUUGUUAUCAUCAUCACGCUCGUGGUCCUGCUUCUCAAGUACCGCCGGAGGCACCGCAAGCACUCGCCACAGCACACGACCACGCUGUCUCUGAGCACACUGGCCACGCCCAAGCGCGGCGGCGGCAACAACAAUGGCUCGGAGCCCAGUGACAUUAUAAUCCCGCUCAGGACUGCGGACAGCGUCUUCUGCCCACACUACGAGAAGGUGAGCGGGGACUACGGGCACCCGGUGUACAUAGUCCAGGAGAUGCCUCCACAGAGCCCCGCCAACAUUUACUACAAGGUCUGAGGCCGGUACCUUCCCUCCCAGACCCGGGUGGCCGCCGCCCGGUAUGACUGAGCCGGCCGCCAGAGAAGCCCGGAGCCGGACAGCUUUCUAGUCUGUAGCAUUUUGGCCUCGGUGACCGCACAUCUUCCCCGGGAGCUGGGAGACUGUGGCCACAACGCCACUUGGAUGGAUGGCAGCGCGUCCCCAAGCCAUGAGCCACAGCUGUGCAGGCCUCGCCGGCCCCCAGGGGACACAGGGCGUGUGGACAGGCCUCUCUGCUGGGUGUCUCCCCAUCCCUCCGCUCGGACCUCGGGCUAAGUGAGGCUUCCCACGAUCGCUUGCAUCCUGUCCACACUAUCUCACUCCUUCUGUUCCCCAGGGCUCUGCCGCCCUGCGCUGAGCCCUCACCCCACAUCCUAUCCUGCGUCACUGAUGGGACAUACCACGGCGGCCUGCUCUGGAGCAGCAGUCCCUUGUGGAAAGCUGGAGGGUCCCCUGCCAGCAUCAGCAAGGAAGAGGAGGGGAGGGCUGGCUGCCUCCCACCCAGAGCGGGACGGAGGAAGGGAGUCUAUCCCACCCCACAGCAGUCGGCGGCUCAGCCCAGGUGCAGGGGGACAGCAGAACCAGGGGCAGCGGGGUGGCCGGGCGAGGGGCGCGGCCAUCUGCUCAGGCAGGGCAAGACUAUCUCGGUACUGGCAAUAAGACGCACAGCUGCAGAGCUGUCGGGAGUCGGUCUGCUUAGGGUGCCUAUGCCAUGGAGGCAGACCCAGCUGCUAAACUUCUCACAUUUAUGAAACACAGGGAAAGCAUUUAGGGUGGCAGAGAGCCAAAUCUGACCUAGCCGUUGAGGAGCCAAAGGUCCAGCCGGCAGGCUGUGGUUCCACAUCCACAGACAUCAGUCAGGAAUUCUCAGCUAGGAAAAGGCAGGUCAGAGCCCCAGGGCCAGUCCUGCCCGCCUGACCGCCCGCCCGCCCCGUUGAGCCUUACACACUUUGGUUUAUGGUGGUGCUGUCCAGGCUGCGAGCGAGCGAGGCUGCGGAAGGGACAGGGUCUAAGCGAAGCACAUGGCAAACCUCUCAGAGUCCUUAAGACGGAAGUCAAUGAUGAUGUCGAGGGGAGAAGGAAGGUAGGACGUAUUUAUAAUAGGUAUAUAGAACGCAGGGGAUAUAAGAUGAAAGAUUUUUACUAAUAUAUAUUUUAAGAUUGCACACAGUACACACCAGAAGAUGUGAAAUUUAUUUGUGGCAAUUAAGCAAUCCUGAGGCUCAGUGCUUUAAAAAAAUUUUUUUAAAAAGACAAAAUUGGACAGCACCUGGGGAAAAAAAAUGUAAAAAACAAUAACCACUCCAAAAGUUACAAUCAUGAGAGCUAAUAGGAAAAUGACAGUCCUCCGAUGGCAUCUCAUGGAACUGUAGACUAGGAAAUAGAGCCCAGCACCAGAAAACCAAUGUGACCGUGUCAUUGUUUGGUGAGGACAGGAUGUCCCGGCGCCUGUGUCUGUGGUGGGCUUUUCCUUGCCUCGUGGGCUGAAGUGUUCUCUAAAAUCCAGCAGGUCACCCAAGGGGGGUGGCACACCCCCCUCUCUUCACCUUUCCCCCAUCCCAUCCCCACCCUCGUGGAACCCAAGAAGAGGAGACAGGAAACCUACUUUUUAUGUGCUAUGCAAAUAGACAUCUUUAACAGAGUUCUGUUACUAUGGUAACGCUUUGCUUUCUGAAUUGGGAGAAGAAAAUGUGGCGACAGCGUUUGGAGGUUCUCAGACCUCCAGCGAGCACCUGCAGAAGAGUGAGUUGUCACAGAAGUGAUUAUCCCCAUAUCCUGAACCUGAAAUGUUGGUCCAAAGUGCAUGUGUGUGUGUGUGUGUGUGAGUGGGUGUGUGGCGUACAUGUGUACAUAUAUGUAUAAUAUAUAUCGCCAAUAUAUAUUAUAUAUAUCUAUAUCAUAUUUCUGUGGGGGGUUGCCAUGGUGACCAGCCACAGUACAUAUGUAAUCCUUUUCAUCACUCUAGCCUCUCCUUUCUGUGCAUUCAUACAAGAUUUUCUUGUAAGCCAUCAGAAAUUCCUCAUAGGAUUGGGGAGAGGGACAAGGAGAGAAAACAUGGC